AUGUCAAACAUUAAGAUUUUUAGCGGCAGCUCACACCAGGAUCUCUCGCAGAAAGUAGCUGAACAUCUGGGACUAGAACUUGGAAAGGUAGUGACAAAAAAAUUUAGCAACAAAGAAACAUGUGUUGAAAUUGGUGAAAGUGUUCGUGGUGAAGACGUUUAUAUUAUUCAGAGUGGCUGCGGAGAGAUCAAUGAUAACUUGAUGGAGCUGUUGAUCAUGAUAAGUGCCUGUAAGAUUGCUUCUGCUUCCCGUGUAACAGCAGUCAUUCCUUGUUUUCCAUAUGCCCGGCAGGAUAAGAAGGACAAGGUAGGCAGAGAAGGUGAUCAUUUUGGGACUGUAAGAGUAGACUUGAUUCACAAGUGUUGUAACCAGUAUACUUUUGGCUUUCAGAGUAGAGCUCCCAUCUCUGCUAAGCUGGUUGCCAAUAUGCUGUCUGUGUCAGGAGCCGAUCAUAUCAUCACUAUGGAUUUGCAUGCCUCCCAGAUCCAAGGUUUCUUUGAUAUUCCAGUAGACAAUCUCUAUGCAGAGCCCGCUGUCCUUCAGUGGAUUAAAGAACAUGUUCCUGACUGGAAAGCCUCCAUCAUUGUGUCUCCUGAUGCUGGGGGUACUGAGAGGGUCACAUCUAUUACUGACUGCUUGAAUGUUGAGUUUGCAUUGAUCCACAAAGUAAGAAAAAAAGCUAAUGAAAUUGAUCGAAUGGUUCUCGUUGGUGAUGUAAAAGACAGAGUAGCAAUAUUGAUUGAUGACAUGGCAGAUACUUGUGGUACAAUCUGCCAUGCUGCUGACAAGUUGAUUUCUGCAGGAGCCAAUAAAGUGUAUGCUAUUUUAACUCACGGCAUAUUCUCUGGCCCGGCCAUUUCACGAAUCAAUAAUGCUUGUUUUGAAGCUAUUGUUGUGACUAAUAGCAUUCCACAGGAAAAGAAUGUGAAACAAAGUACCAAAAUACAGGUGAUUGACAUUUCAAUGUUUCUUGCAGAAGCCAUCCGCCGAACUCACAAUGGAGAAUCUGUCUCCUAUUUAUUUAACCAUGUCCCUUUGUAACGCAAGGCUUUUCAAAAAUAUGCUUUUUGAUGCAUCCUUUACAACAAAGUAUACACCGAAGAAUCCUAAAUUAAAUGUUUUUAUGGAUUUCUAUCUGAUCUUUGAAAGAGAAGAGGAG